ACGGCGCGGAGAGGCCGCGGACUGAUGUUGCCGCCGCCGCCGCCGCCGGGGUUGCAGGCGAGGCUCCUCCUCAUCUCGGCUGUCGUCGUCUCAGCGCUGUGAAGCAGCGGCGCUGCUCCCGCCACCCGGCGCGAGGCGGAGGCGGAGGGAUGUCUGGGCUCUUUCCCGCUUCCCCUGACAGGCCGGGGCUCCCCGGCUCGUCCUGAGGCGGCAGGGGGCGGCGCUGCUGGGCCGAGCGAGGCUGGGCCGGGCAGGCUCCUUCCUUCCCUCCCUCAUCCCCCCACCCCCCUCCCCACCAUCACCACCUCCCUGCGCUUCGGAACAUGGCGGCGGCGAUAACGGUGGCGAGGGAGUGAGAGGAGGGAGCCCCAGCGCCCGGCGGCCGCAGGAAGUGGAUGUGGUUUCCUCUUUCAAGAUCAGCAAUUUGAGAUGCUGGUGAAGGCCACCUUUCUGAUAAAUUCAGAUUAGAAAAGCGGAGCCAGUUCCAGGGUGAGGACCUGUAAGAGGCAAUAUAAUGCGGAAACCAAGCCCUCAGAAAGGUCACUUUGCCUGGGAUAGAUACUUGAAAGAGACAUGCUCCAUCCCUGCUCCUGCCCAUUGCUUCAAGCAGUCGUACAACCCACCUUCCAAUGAAUUCAAGAUCAGCAUGAAGCUAGAAGCCCAGGACCCCAGAAACACCACUUCCACUUGUAUUGCUACUGUGGUGGGAUUGACAGGUGCCCGUCUCCGAUUGCGCCUGGAUGGCAGUGAUAAUAAGAAUGACUUUUGGCGUCUGGUGGAUUCUGCAGAAAUCCAGCCUAUCGGCAACUGUGAAAAUGGAGGGAUGUUGCAGCCUCCUUUAGGGUUUCGACUGAAUGCUUCCUCUUGGCCCAUGUUUCUCCUGAAGACUCUGAAUGGAGCAGAAAUGGCGCCUGUUAGGAUUUUCCACAAGGAGCCACCAUCUCCAUCCCAGAAUUUCUUUAAGAUGGGAAUGAAACUAGAGGCUGUAGAUAGGAAAAACCCACAUUUCAUCUGCCCUGCCACCAUUGGUGAGGUGCGGGGUUCUGAGGUCCUCAUCACUUUUGAUGGCUGGAGGGGAGCCUUUGAUUACUGGUGCCGUUACGAUUCUCGUGACAUCUUUCCAGUUGGUUGGUGUUCACUGACUGGCGACAACUUGCAGCCCCCUGGAACAAAAGUGGUGAUUCCAAAGAGCCCAUUCCCCCCUGUGCCUGAUGUGAUCUCUGAAAAGGGCAGCAUGCACAGUGGCACAAAGACUCUCCUGGAACAUCAGCCUGGACAAAGGGGACGCAAACCUGGUCGUAAGCGAGGCCGGACACCCAAGGCUCUGACCAACCACUCAACUCCAACCCCUUCCAAAGCUGUGGAGCCUUUGAAAUUCCCCAAGAAGAGGGGACCAAAGCCUGGCAGUAAGCGAAAACCUCGAACUUUACUAAAUCCAGCACCCACCUCCCCUACAACAAGCACUCCUGAACCUGACACUAGUACAGUACCACAGGAUGCAGCAACCAUCCCUAGCUCUGCUAUGCAGGCCCCUACAGUUUGCAUCUACUUGAAUAAAAAUGGUAGCACUGGGCCUCACCUGGACAAAAAGAAAGUCCAACACCUGCCUGACCAUUUUGGACCAGCUCGAGCAUCUGUGGUGCUGCAGCAAGCAGUCCAAGCUUGCAUUGAUUGUGCUUAUCAUCAGCAUACUGUCUUCUCAUUCCUGAAGCAAGGCCAUGGAGGCGAGAUCAUUUCAGCUGUGUUUGAUCAUGAGCAGCAUACUCUGACCUUACCAGCAGUCAACAGCAUCACCUAUGUCCUCCGCUUCCUUGAGAAACUCUGCCACAACCUACGUAGCGACAACCUCUUUGGGAACCAGCCAUUUACUCAGCAUCACGUGCAGCACUCACGCGAGUACGACCACGACAGGUACCUACCAGACAGGAGCAUUUCGUUAGAUGGCUCUCUACUGGGACCAGGACGGGGUGCAAAGAGAUAUUUACAAGAUUCCCCUCCAUACAGUGCUCUCUCCCCCAAGUUACCAAAGAAUGACCAUCACCCUUUGGAAGGUGAAACGUUUGUUUUGAGUGAUGGCCUGCCAGGUCCCUUGGAGCCACGCCUAGACCCCAUGGACUCCGCCUUGAAUGCUGUCAGUGCAUCCAGUCCCAGCAGGAAUUCAAGAGACUACAGACUUCAAGGAUACAGGCACCUUCACCAGCCCUCCAGUCUUUCUCAGUGCAGUACCUCUGCCUUGCAUAGACUUAGUGCCGGGGGCUCUGACAGAUACCUUGCUCCUCGAGACACCUCACGGUUGGGCAGCCGAGACCCAACUGGCUGGACAGUGGAAGAUGUCAUGCAGUUUGUGAGGGAAGCUGACCCACAACUGGGACCCCACGCAGACCUCUUCCGAAAGCAUGAGAUUGACGGCAAGGCCUUGCUCUUGUUACGCAGCGAUAUGAUGAUGAAGUACAUGGGCUUGAAACUUGGGCCAGCACUGAAACUCACCUACCACAUUGACAAGUUAAAGCAGGGCAAGUUCUGAAAAAGAAUCCUCCUGGUGCAGUCUUGGCCAAAGUGGCGCUCUCAACUCCCCACGCAGGCAGGUACGCGUGCCUACAUUCCUUGCCCGCCACAUCUCAGCACUAUGAGGACACCUUUGCCAGCAGACAGGAGGUGGUGUCCUGGAGGAAGACCCUGGGCACCCCUAACAAUCAAAUGAGACUUGGCUUGUUGGUACAAAGGGAUGAAUGCUUCCUCUAUUUUCUGCUGAUGGCGUUUUGGGACCGCAGUCCAACUUAUAAGGAAGAAUAUGUUUCUCCCUGUGUACGUACGCGUGGCACUCUGGCAGAGCCACACUCAUGUCGGUUAUGGUUGUUUUGGCCCUUCUUGCUUUUCAGAUGCCCUGCCUUCUUUUGCUGCCCUCCUCAAGAAUCCCCUUCAUGCCUUAUGAAGAGUACGGUUUGGACUCGAAAGUUGGCAGUGCCAGGCGAUGGCCCCUUUUUCUGUGCCAUACAGGACAGAUUGACUGCGAGAAUCCAGCUCUGGCAUACGACAAGCAGCUGCUGCUAACCAGAUUGUUUACUCGCUUGGGUGGCAGAGGUGGGUGGGUAAGGCAGAGGACACGCCACCUUGCCAUCUCUUCACUUGGUGCUGUUACAGCCUUUUCCUCCAUGGAGGUCUUAAGCUAGCAGUUUUACUGAGUUGCUGGCAUGUGGGCAGAAAGCUCUAAUAUUUAUUUGGAACAAGGAGGAGAAGGUAAUCGUGGUAGGGCACAGCAGUGGAUCUGUGUUGAUAUUGCUAUGCAGCUCUCUAAGUGAGCUGGGAAGAAUGGAGAGGGAGGAAAAUGUAGAUUCCCUUAUCCUAGUGUCGCAGGGCACACAGCUGAACAACUCAAGCUCCCCCCCCCCCCCCAAGAUCCUGAAAUGUUUUUUCUACUUGCUAUGGGAAUAGCAUCUGUUUUAACCUUUUUCCUGAGGAAUCAAAUGUUUCUUAUUCCACAAUGGUACCAUUCAACUUAACCCUCCAGUCAGAGCCGUUCAGUUGUAGCUACCUGACCAAGUGUGUGGGAUAGCAGAUGGAUGGGGAACAGGUAUAUUUAGAUGGUUUGUCCUUCCCAAACGGGAAACAUGAAUUGUUUUGUUUGUAUGUAUUCUGAAAAACGUUUUAAUGUAUUUAUUUUUUAUGGCACUUGGGCAGUGGCCUGCGUUGUCUCAUAGUAGAGGGCUUCUUUUUUUUUUUUGCUGCUGGCCAAUGAGAAUGGGAAAAGAAGGUGGUAAGCUGGUGCCCCAAAGCUCUGCCCCUCUCCAGGUCCUAGACUGAAACCUCCUUUGCUUUGAGAAAGCAAAGUGGUGUAUGUUUCCUUUCCUCCACUUUCUGGAGAGUAGCCUUAGCAACUUACCCUUUGGGAUGAGGACAAAUGGACCUUGAGAUUCAGUUGUGCUUGGCUGUUUCCUGCCCUACACUAAUAAAGUGAGGAAGGGCAGCUUUAAGGUGCAUCUCCUUGUAGGCACUUCUCUCUUCCUAACUUGCUACCCUUCCAGUGGAUGGCUCUUCCUCUCUCCCAGGCUCUUGCGGAAAAGUGACUUCAGACUAGCCCAGGAGAGAUUAGGGACAACCUAAAUUGAUAAUGCAAAAAAAAUAAAAACCCAAGCAAUGAAAAUUCAUAGGCAAUAAGCCACUUCUGGGAAGGAGCCAGAGCUCACUGCAGUGCAAUGGGGUAUUAGUGUGACUCGGCCGAUAUUUUGGGUUGUCUGGUGUAGCUCUCUUUGGUGGGAGGGGGGUGGUUACCUCUGUCUGCCAUCACUGCCUGGCUGCAGAAGACCAUUUCUGUGAGCACUGCCUGCUGCAGGUAGCGGGGGGCAAGGGGCUGCCAAUAUUCUUUUCGGCACUUAUUCUGUUGAUUUUGUUUAUAAAUAAAAGAGUGGGGGGAAAUAGGAUAGGUGGA